AUCCCUCCUGAUGACCUCCAGACACAUGCACAUGUACCCAAUUUUGAGUCCUACUUGUCAUUGUACAGGAAGUCUCUGGAAAACCCGGACGCUUUCUGGAAAGAGAUCGCUGAAGAUUUCUACUGGAAGAAGCCUGCAAGUGCACCGGUACUACAGUACAAUUUUGAUGUGACUAAAGGGAACAUUUAUGUCAAAUGCAUGGAAGGGGCCAAAACCAACAUGUGCUACAAUGUGCUGGAUAGACAUGUGAAAGACAGGAAUAUCGGGGGAGAAGUGGCCUUUCACUGGGAGGGAAACUCCCCCGACCACCAUGUGACAAUCACCUACAACCAGCUGUACAACCAGGUGUGCCGCUGUGCUAAUGUCCUGAAAAAACUCGGUGUGAAAAAGGGGGACCGGGUGUCUGUCUACCUUCCGAUGAUACCAGAGCUGGUUUUCACCAUGCUGGCCUGUGCCAGGAUUGGAGCUGUUCACUCUGUUGUGUUUGCAGGCUUCUCCUCCGAGUCUCUGAGUGAGAGGAUUAUGGAUGCUCAAAGCAGCGUGCUCGUGAUGGCAGAUGGUGUUUACAGAGGAGAAAAGCUGAUCAACCUGAAACAGAUUGCCGAUGAGGCGGUGGAGAAGUGCAGGGCAAAAAAAUUGUCCAGUGUCACUAAAUGUCUUGUCAUUAAGCACCAGCUGCUGAGAAAAAAAAGUGGAGCCGCAUGCAACAAACUGCAGACCUCCUGGAAUUCAGAGUGUGACGUGUGCUGGGACGAGGCCACGAGAGACUCUUCUGAACACUGUGAACCCGAGUGGUUGGACGCCGAGGACCCCCUGUUCAUUCUCUAUACGAGUGGCUCCACUGGCAAACCGAAGGGAGUUCUGCACACAGUAGCUGGGUAUCUGCUGUACACGGCGCUGACCUUUAAGUACGUGUUUGACCAUCACCAUGACGACGUGUACUGGUGCACGGCUGAUAUCGGCUGGAUCACCGGCCACUCCUACACCACUUACGGCCCUCUUGCCCUUGGCGCUACAAGUGUUCUAUUUGAAGGGAUUCCUGUGCACCCCCAUGCUGGUCGUUUCUGGGAGAUUAUUUAGAAGUACAAGGUGACCAAGUUCUACACAGCACCCACAGCCAUCCGCCUGCUGAUGAAGUACGGACUGGAACCAGUUCACAAGUAUGACCUCUCUAGCUUGAAGAUUCUGGGAAGUGUGGGUGAGCCCAUCAACCCAGAGGCGUGGCACUGGUACCACGAGGUGAUCGGAAAGGGCAAAUGUCCCGUGGUCGACACGUUCUGGCAGACAGAGACGGGUGGGCACGUCUUAACUCCUCUACCCGCUGCUACGCCUCUGAAACCAGGCUCCACUACUUUGCCAUUCUUCGGGGUGGAACCCGCCAUCCUCAAUGAACACGGAGAACAGCUAGAAGCAGAGGCCGAGGGUUAUCUGGUGUUCAGGAGGCCCUGGCCUGGAAUAAUGCGUACUGUGUACAGAAACCACCAGUGCUUUGAGAACACCUACUUCAAGAAGUUCCCAGGCUUCUAUGUGACCGGUGAUGGCUGUAAACGGGACAAAGACGGAUAUUACUGGAUCACGGGGAGAAUAGACGACAUGCUGAAUGUGUCAGGCCACCUGAUGAGCACGGCGGAGGUGGAGGCGGCGCUGACGGAGCACCCGGGUGUGGCGGAGGCUGCAGUGGUGAGCCGGCCUCAUGAGGUGAAGGGCGAGUGUCUCUACUGCUUCGUCACCCUCAAAGCCUGCUGGGAGUUUAACCACCCGCUGGUGGAGGAGCUGAAGAGGUUCGUGAGAGAAAAAAUUGGGCCGAUCGCCACGCCUGACUUCAUUCAAAAUGCUCGGGCGCUCCCCAAAACCCGCUCAGGGAAGCUGAUGAGGCGAAUCCUGAGGCAGAUCGCCCACAACGACAGGGACCUUGGCGACCUUUCGACCCUGGCCGACCCCAAGGUGGUGGAGGUGCUGUUCAGCCAACGAUGUGAAGCUGCAGCCUGAGUGCAGCUUUUGGAUCAGUGUCGGCAAAACACAGGGGGAUUUGGGUCAGAAAGUGACAUCUGAUGCCGAGAUGACAGAGUUCAGUUUAUCAACUCAAAUAAAAUGCCAGUGAUUUAUUAUUAUUAUUAUUAUUAUUAUUAUUAUUAUUAUUAUUAUUAUUAUUAAUGUAGACAUUAAUAUGGGGCUGGUAUCUUUUCAUGUAUUUCAGAUAAAAUGUUGCAAACAAAAAGUUUGCUCUUUUAAAAUGAACUAUGCUCACAACAGACAUGUCAUUUUUGCACAGUUUGUUUUUUGAUGACUGCUGUGGUGUGUUUUCAAUCUGUGACCUUUGGGCAGGAUCAAGCCUUAAAUCUGGUGGUUGCUCCUUUUCCGCAGCAGCUGUACGCCGUUUCACUGACACCCCCAUGUGGUGGAAAUCCUCCUCUGCAGACGCCUUCGGAUUCUGUCUUUGUUGACUACAAAGAAAAAAAAAUCCUUUUUCUUUCAUGCUGAGACUUUCUGCCCUUUGUCGUCUGCAGCUCAGCCUCUGAUGGUGCACUGUAUACUGUGCACUGUGCACAUGUGGCUCUGUUGGUGGGAUCAGUGCGGUGGGAAAUGAGGAUUAUGUGACAGCGGGAACAUGAGGGUUGAAAAAUAUCAAAACUGCACACUGUUUAUUUAAAAAAAAUAAAG